GCUGCACCUCCCUCCAGUUAUUCCUCACAUCUCAGCAGGUACCGGUGUCUGCUGGUUAACAAAAAUGUGGGUGAUCGUGUUGUUGGUCAGCCUGUUCCAGUUCAGUUCGGCCUAUGAUGUGGACCCGGAAAAACUGGAGGGGCUGGCGAGGGCGAAGGUGGAGUCUUGUGGUGGAUGACAGCUGAACAGACUCAGAGAGGUCAAAGCCUUCGUGGUCCAGGAUAUUCCUCUUUACCAUAACCUGGUGAUGAAGCACAUUCCUGGAGCUGACCCUGAGCUUGUCCUCCUGAACCAUUACUAUGAAGAACUAGAUCGCAUCGCUCUGACGGACAUGACCCGCUCUGAAAUUAAUGAGCUGCUGAGGAAACUGGGUUUCUACAAGAAAGCUCAACCAGAUGAUGAGGUCCCGGAGGAGUUUCGCUUCUCUCCGGCCAAAGACAGCCCUUUUAAAGACGAGCCCACUUCCAAACCCUCCAUUUCAGACGCAGCGAACACCUCCGAGCCCGAGGCAGAAGUCCAACACACUGACCUAUAACCUUCAAGGAUGGAUAAAAAUGAAGUUUGACCCACA